AUGAGUAUCUCACCAGAUACCGUGCCAACGCCCGCCUGCUCCAGCGACGAUGGCAACUCGUUUGCGCUUGUGAACGACGGCGUCGUCCAGCGCCACCAAACGCAGACGCCCGUCGCCGUGGUGGGGAUGGCCUGUCGGCUGCCCGGCCACAGCAACUCGCCCACCUUGCUCUGGGACUUCUUGCAACGCGGAGGAGUCGCCAAGAAUGAGCCCCCGGCCACGCGGUUCAGUCUGCCCGGCCAUCACGAUGAGCACCGCCGGCCGCGCACCAUGAAAAGCCCCGGAGGCAUGUUCAUGGAGGAUGUCGACCCAGAGGUGUUCGACGGGCAGUUUUUCAACAUCAGCCGCGUGGACUGCAUUGCCAUGGACCCGCAGCAACGGAUCCUUCUGGAGGUCGCGUAUGAGUGCUUGGAGAACGCAGGGAUCCCGCUCGAGGCGAUCAGCGGGAAACAGGUCGGGUGUUUGGUCGGCACCAAUAUCGUCGGUAUUCGGGAUCCGGAGAACCGUCCGGAAUCGGCGACGAUAGGUGUGGCAUGGUCCAUUCUGAGCAACCGUAUCAGUCACUUCCUCAACAUCCAUGGGCCCAGUAUGACAGUGGACUCGGCCUGCUCGGCCAGUCUGGUGGGUGUGGAGGUGGCCUGCCGGUACUUGGACACCCAUCAGGCUGACGGCAUGCUCGUGGCAGGGGCCAGUCUGUGGCUGACGCCCGAGCACAACGAAGAGAUCGGGAUGAUGCGCAUGACGCAGUCGGCCACCGGCAAGUGCCACAGCUUCGACGCGAAGGCCGACGGUUACGCCAAGGCCGAAGGGAUGAACGUCGUCUACCUGAAACGGCUGGACGACGCCCUGCGCGACGGGGACCCGAUCCGCGCCGUCAUUCGCGGCACGGCCACCAACAGCGAUGGCCGCACCCCAGGGAUUGCCAGUCCCAGCGCGGAAGCCCAGUCGGCCGCCAUUCGCGCAGCCUAUGCCAAUGCGGGCAUCAAGAACUUCAACGAUACGCAGUACCUGGAAUGCCACGGCACGGGCACGCCCGCCGGCGAUCCCAUCGAAGUCAAGGGAGCGGCCGCCGUCUUCGCCGCCUCGCGAGAGCUCGGCCAGGACCUGGUGAUCGGCUCGAUCAAGAGCAACAUCGGCCACUCCGAGGCCGCAGCUGGGCUGUCGGGCUUAAUGAAGGUCGUGCUCGCUCUGGAGCACGGCGUGAUCCCCGGAAACCCGACCUUCAUCACUCCCAACCCCAACAUCGACUUUGCGGGUUCCCGCGUUCGGGCCACGCGCAUGUCCAUCAAGUGGCCAGAGACGGCGCUGGAUGUGCGCCGUGCCAGUGUGAACUCCUUCGGGUUCGGCGGAUCCAACGCACAUGCCAUCCUCGAGAACGCCCCCUUCGCAUCCAGUCAUGUCUCGUCUUACAAGGCAAUUACGACGGACUUCUUUGGCGAUGAAGAGGAUGAAGAGGACGUGGCUGGUGCUGAAGACGCCCGGCCGCCCAAGGUGCUUGUUCUGUCGGCCAACGACCAGGGGUCGCUGAAGAACUACCUCAACGCCCUCGCGGGACACUUGAUCAACCCCAGUGUCUCGAUUGAUGUCGAUGACCUGGCGUACACCCUCUCCGAGCGUCGCAGCCAUCUUUACUACCGUGCCUUCGCCGUAAGCUCAACCAGCGGCAUCGACCACGGAAAAGUGCAUUUCGGUCAGAAGGCGGCGUCAGCACCGCGCAUUGGGUUCGUGUUCACUGGCCAGGGCGCUCAGUGGUCCCAGAUGGGAGCAAGUCUCGUGAAGGCGUUCCCGCAAGCAAGAGAGGUGAUUGAGGAGUUGGACCAGGUCCUUCAGAAGCUCCCGGACGCUCCGAAAUGGUCGCUUCUUGCCGAGCUGACAGAGGAGCGGACCUCCGAGGCUCUCCGCCAGCCAGAAUUUUCACAGCCCCUGGUGACUGCCUUGCAGCUGGCGGUUUUGGAAGUCAUAAAGGAGUGGGGGAUCCACCCGGAAGCUGUGGUCGGACACUCGUCGGGCGAAAUUGCGGCGGCCGCCGCAGCCGGUCUGAUCACCCCGGACGAGGCCAUCAAGAUCGCCUACUAUCGUGGCCAGGCAGCCAAGCGGUUCCCCCCGGAGGAGCCGCUGGGUAUGUUGGCGGUGGGUGUUGAUGUCGAGACGGUGGAGAGAUAUCUCGGCCCGGAGAGCAAUGUCCAGAUUGCAUGCUACAACAGCCCGAGCAGUCUCACCAUGUCCGGCACGGCUGCGGCGCUGCAAUCGCUGGAGGCGCGCCUGAAGCAAGACGGCCACUUCGCCAGACUGCUGCUCGUGGACGUCGCCUAUCAUUCCAGCUAUAUGGCACCAAUCGGCGAGUUGUAUGAGAAGAUGCUCCUCUCCAAUGCUUCGAACGUGUCUCCGGGAAAACCGACAGCCAGGAUGUACAGCUCCGUCACCGGUCAGGUCCUAACACAAGCGCCAGAUGCAUUGUACUGGAAAAGGAACAUGGUCUCUCCCGUUCGCUUCACACAGGCUGCCACGAAGCUUCUCCAAGAUCCACAGGGAGCCGACUUCCUGAUUGAGAUUGGCCCCAGCAAUGCCUUGUCAGGUCCCAUUGCUCAAAUCAAGAAGGCCCUGUCUGGUGCUGCUGCAAAUGCGCUGUACACCUCAGCCUUGAAGCGGGGACCCAUCUCGAUCCAGUCCCUGUACAACGUAGCCGGCCAGCUCUUCCUGAUCGGCGGAUCAGUGGACUUCCGCAAGGUCAAUCGCACGCACGAGUCCAAAAAGCCCUCGGUCAUCAUUGACCUGCCCAACUACGCUUGGAACCACUCCCAGCGAUACUGGCAUGAGACCCAGGCGAGUCGGGACUGGCGGUUCAAGAAGUUCAUCAACCACGACCUGCUGGGAUCGAAGAUGAACGGCACUGCCUGGCAAGCCCCCAUCUUCCAGAAGACCCUGCGGCUGGGCGACCUGCCCUGGCUGCGAGACCAUAUGAUGGGCAACCAGAUCAUCUUCCCGGGCGCCGGGUACUGCGCCAUGGCGGUCGAAGCCAUGUACCAGGUGGCCAUGGUCACCAAGUGGGAGGAGAAGGAGCCCGCGCGAUGCCAGUUCCGCUUCCGCGACAUUCGCUUCCUGCGGGCCCUGGUACUCGAGGAGGAGACGGCGGCCACCUACACCCUGGCCUUGAGCCCGGCGCGUGGCGGGUCCAUCCGGGACUGGUACGAGUUUCGGGUCUGCUCCACUAAGGAGGGCGUUUACACCGAGCAUUGCGCAGGGUUGAUCGCUGUCGAAACCGAUUACACGGAGAAGACGGCCCCAGCGAGCUCCCUGGAGCCCUUGCAGCUCGCGACGCCGGCGAGCAUGAUCUACAAGGCCGUGCGCGAGUCCGGAUACAACUACGGGCCCUGCUUCCAGAAGCAUCUGCUCUUCGAGGCCACCAUGGGCAAGACCGAGAGUCGGUCGACCGUGGCCAUGGACCCGCCCCCGUCGACGUACGGACAGUCGUUCUAUCCCAUCCACCCGGCCAGCAUUGACGCGUGUUUCUACAUCGGCAUCCUGGCCAUCUCCAAGGGCGACAUUCCGCUCGUCGGCGCCGUCCAUGUGCCGCAGAUCCUCAGCAGCCUCGUGAUCCCCAUGCGACGCGAGCAGCCCGCCGAAGCCAUUGCGCUGGCCUCGGCGCGCUUCCUGGGCAUCGGCCGGGAGGACCUGCACCGCAAUUAUGGCUCGGACCUGUCGCUGUAUGACCCGCGGGACGGGUCGCUCAUCUUCGAGAUGAAGGGCCUGACGACGCGCGACAUCGAGACCAGCGAGGAGGAGGGUGCCAAGCAUCUCUUCACCCACCUGGCCUGGGAGGCGGACCUGCACUUGUUGCUGUCUACGCCGGAGCCCAAACUCCGGCACUUCUUGCGCGAGACGGGCAAGUCUGUGCAGGAUCUCAUCAACCUCGUGGUCCACAAGAACCCCACACUCAGGGUGUUGGAGGUGAACCUAAGUCCCAAGGAUACCUCGAGUCUGUGGGUCCAGGAGGAGUCACACCCCAUCCGAGCCGCGUGUGUCCAGUACCGUUUCGCUGUGAGUGACCCGACCACGCUAGUCACUGCCCAGGGACUGCAUUCGCCUCAUGCCCCGUCCGCUCAGUUCAGCCUGCUGGAUGCCACCAAGACCGAUGCAUUCGCAGCAGACACCAAGUUCGACCUUGUGAUCGUUAAGGCUUCGGGGCCCGUUGAGGCUACGGUCCGGGACAGACUUCUGAAGAGUGUGUCCCAGUCGGUGAAAUAUGGCAGUGUUUUCCUCGGUGUAGGCCACGGCGUUGAACUGGGCGCGAUAGGAAACCCUCAGGCUCUCGAUGACGAUGUGUCCAUCGUCCAGGUCAAGACGGAGGAGCUGUGGGAUGUGGCACUUCCGACCGUCAGCUAUAUCAGCCUCACUGGCAUUGUUCAUGAAGCAUCCAGCAAGAUUCUGGGCCACAUUGUACAGAGCGGAUGGAAUAUCCAGAAGGUCGCCGAUCUUUCGACCCUCGGUGAGGGUCAGGUGGUUCUGAUCCUGGACGAGCUCGUGUCACCUAUCAUGUUUCACCCCGAGGCAAAGCACUGGGAUACGCUCAAGCAGAUCAUCCUCCAAAAACAGAGCAAGAUUCUCUGGGUGACAGCCGGUGCCCACCUCAACGUCACCAACCCCAAUACUGCCGCAGUCAACGGAUUCUUCCGCACCGUACGCGCCGAAGAGGGGGUCCGGCUCGUUAAUUUGGAUGUCGAGCACCCUGCAGGCGAUGCGACGGGCUCCGCCAUAGUCUCGUGUCUAGACGUCCUUCGCCAGCCGGAGGUUGCCGGCAGCCCGCUCGACAGCGAGUUCGUCGAGCGCGGCGGUGUCUUACAAGUCAGUCGUUUACUUCCCAACUGGGAGAUCACCAAGCUCCAGGGUCACCACCCUAGCGACCGCAAGACGGAGGUGCUGGACAUCCAUGCUCAUGACACUCUGAUUCACAUGGGCGCGGAGCGACUGGGCGAUCUCGACUCCAUCCACUACCACGAGGUGACGGCGGAGCCCGUCGAGCUGGAAGAUGGAUAUAUAGAGGUGGAAGUGUACGCCGCGGGUCUCAACUACAAGGACGUGGUCGUCACCAUGGGCAUUGUGCCGGGCGAUGAGCGCGAGCUCGGUGGAGAGGCAGCAGGCAUUGUCACCAAGGUGUCUCCAAGCGUCACCUCGUUGGAAGUCGGGCAGCGCGUGGUGGUCUUCACCCCGGCCACCAUUGCCAAUCGCGUGCACACCCGGCCAGGACGCGUACAUGUCCUCCCCGACUGGAUGUCUUUUGAGGAAGCCGCCACUCUCUGUGGUGUGUACUUGACCUCCAUCUACUCCUUGUUCGACAUGGCUCAGGUAAGUCCCCAAAAGACGGUGCUCAUCCACUCCGCGGCAGGUGGUGUGGGUAUCGCCUCGAUGCAGCUGGCCCAGUACGCCGGGGCAGAAGUGUUUGCCACCGUCGGAUCCCCGGAUAAGCGCGAAUUUAUCAAGUCGACCUUCGGUCUGAGCGACGAUCAUAUCUUCAACUCCCGCAACACGGACUUUGGCGACCAGAUCUUAACCGCCACCGGGGGCCGCGGGGUGGAUAUUAUCCUGAACUCCCUUACCGGAGAUAUGUUGGACGAGUCGUUCCGCAUCCUGGCCGAUGGUGGAAUCAUGGUGGAGAUUGGCAAGAAGGAUAUUCUGGACCGCAACAGCCUUGCCAUGGAAGCGUUUGACCGCAACAUCUCCCUCCGCGCCGUGGACAUGUCCCACCAGCGGGCCCCAGACGGUCUGAUCGCGAGGCUCAUGGCCAGGCUGUUUGAGCUGCUCGAAGGGCGCCAUGUGAAGCCCAUCAACCCGAUUCACAUCUUCUCCUUCACUGAUGUGGCCAAUGCGGUGCGGUAUCUGCGCGCGGGUAAGCAUAUUGGCAAGGUGGUGAUCUCGGACGGGCUGGGCCCCAAGAUUUCAGUUCCGGUCCGACGUGCCCCGAAGGUCCUCCACUUCCGUGACAAUGCCACCUAUCUGAUUGUGGGUGGCCUCCGCGGUCUGUGCGGAGCCCUGGCUAUCUACCUGGCCAAGAGCGGCGCCAAGCAUCUGGCCGUCAUCUCUCGUAGCGGGCACAGCGAUGAGAAGUCAAGGUCUAUCGUCAAGCAGAUCCGGGCGCUAGGGUCCAGCAUUGAUCUCCUCACGGCCGACGUGACCCGCCCCGGCGAUGUCCAGAGAGCAUUCAACCAGACCACCUUCCCCAUCGGAGGUAUCAUCCAGGGCGCGAUGGUUUUGCGGGACCGCCCCUUUGACUCCAUGACCCUAGAGGAAUACCACCAGGCCGUGGCCUGCAAGAUCCAAGGCACGUGGAACCUGCACACGGCGGCGGAGCGCCUGCAUCUCUCGCUCGACUUCUUCACGAUGCUGUCCAGCAUCUCGGGCGUGAUCGGCCAGCGCGGACAGGCCAACUACGCCGCGGCCAACGUCUUCCUGGACUCAUUCGCCGCCUACCGCCGGCAGCGCGGACAGGCCGCCUGCUCGAUCGACCUGGGGGUCAUCGAGGAUGACGGCUUCAUCGCCAACAACGCGGGCUUCCAGGAGAAGCACUUCGACAGCCGCACCUUCAAGGGCAUCAACAACGGGCUGCUGCGUCAGAUCCUCUACUUCUCCCUGCUCCAGCAGGCCGGGCGCUUUGCCCACGACUCCACAUCCGCCGCCGCCGCCGCCGCCACACAGAUGGUGACGGGCAUCGUCGCCCCGCAGCCCGCCGACUCGGCGCUCCUGCAGGACGCGCGGUUCUCGGCGCUGCGCGCAGGCGCCGGGGCCGGCAAGACCCCCGGUGAGAGCGGUGGGGGUAGCAACAGCGCCAACGCUGAGGUCCAGGCCCUACUGCUUUUGCUGCGCUCCUCGUCUGCCGAUACCGCCGCCCAGGUCGCGGCCACGGUGGAAGUCGUCAACAAGUGCUUCGUGCGCAUGCUGCGCCUGUCGGAGCCGAUGGACCCGGCGCGUCCGUUGGCCGUCUACGGGAUCGAUUCUCUGGCCGCCGUUGAGGUCCGUAACUGGGUCCGCAAUGAGCUGGGGGCUCUGGUGACGACGGUCGAUAUCAUGAACGCUGCCUCUCUCCGGGCGUUCUGUGAGAAGAUCGUUUCCAAGAUCGUGGUGGGCUGA